AGGGACUUAGGGUGGCAGGACCAGUGGGCCGAAGAGGAAGUCGCAGGAGCCAGAUGAGGAAGACCCGCGUGUGCUUGGAGGGGAAAGUAUGAAGACCGAACGCAGGUCACAGUCACUGUAGCUUGCUGCCUGCUUGAAGAAUGAAGCUGAAAGCGAGAGGGGGUCGACUGGAUAACUGUCGCUCCAGGAGAGACCUGGUGGACAUGCAGGGCAGGGAGGUGACAAGUGGAAUGAGGAGAUACGGAGAAUAUCGGGGUCCUGGGACUGGAGCUAAACAAAGAUAGAGAUGUUGAAAGAAUCCAUGGCAGUGGAGUUAACACUCUUGACAUUGAGCCUGUUGAAGGAAGAUACAUGUUGUCAGGUGGUUCAGAUGGUGUGAUUGUACUCUAUGACCUUGAGAACACGAGCAGACAACCCUAUUACACAUGUAAAGCAGUGUGUUCCGUUGGCAGAAGCCAUCCUGAUGUUCACAAAUACAGUGUGGAGACUGUUCAGUGGUAUCCUCAUGACACAGGCAUGUUCACAUCCAGCUCUUUUGAUAAAACUCUAAAAGUAUGGGACACAAAUACAUUGCAGGCUGCAGAUGUCUUUCAUUUUGAGGAAACAGUUUACAGUCAUCACAUGUCACCAGGAGCCACCAAGCACUGUCUGGUAGCAGUUGGUACUAGAGGACCCAAAGUGCAACUUUGUGACCUAAAGUCUGGAUCCUGUUCUCACAUUCUACAGGGUCACAGACAGGAAAUAUUGGCAGUGUCCUGGUCACCACGCUAUGACUAUAUCUUGGCAACAGCAAGUGCUGACAGUAGAGUAAAAUUAUGGGAUGUGAGGAGAGCAUCGGGAUGCUUGCUUACUCUUGAUCAGCAUAAUGGGAAAAAGUCACAAGCUGUUGAAUCAGCCAACACUGCUCACAAUGGGAAAGUUAAUGGCUUAUGUUUUACAAGUGACGGGCUUCACCUCCUCACCAUUGGCACAGAUAACCGAAUGCGGCUCUGGAAUAGCUCCAGCGGGGACAACACCCUGGUGAACUAUGGGAAAGUGUGUAACGACAGUAGGAAAGGACUGAAGUUCACUGUCUCCUAUGGCUGCAGCUCAGAAUUUGUCUUUGUUCCGUAUGGUAGCACCAUUGCUGUCUAUGCAGUUUACUCGGGAGAGCGGCUGACUAUGCUUAAAGGACAUUAUAAAAGUGUCGACUGCUGUGUGUUUCAGCCUGAUUUCCAGGAACUUUACAGUGGUAGCAGGGACUGCAAUAUUCUUGCUUGGGUACCAUCCUUAUAUGAACCAGUUCCUGAUGAUGAUGAAGUAGAAGCCUCAAUGUAUUGUUCUGGCCUCAGCAGCCUCUCCACUCAACAAUUUCAGAGAUUCGGAUCCUGUCCCUUUCCGGCUGGAGAGAUGAUUUGGCAGUUAAGAGCACUGGCUGAUUUUCUGGGGGACCUGAGUGGCCCACAGUCACCUGUACCUCCAGUCCCAGGCUAUCUCGUGCCCUCUUCUGGACCUGAAUUCAAUUCCCAGCACCCACACGGGGAUGACAGUCGUCUACACUUCCAGUCCAUUGCUAACUAAUGCUUUCUUCUGGCAUCUGCAGGCACCAGGCAUGCAAGUAGUGCACAGGCGAAUAUCCAUACAUAUAAAUAUUUUUAUGUUUAACAAAACUUUAAUUUUAAUAAAAUUUUAAUAAAUUUUCAAUAAAAAUAACAAAAUAAGCUGGAUGUGGCCAUGCACAACCCUAGCAGUUAGAAGGCAGAGGCAGGUGGAUCUCUGAGUUCAAGGCCAGCCUGAUCUACAGAAGUUCCAAAACCGCUAGGAUGCACAAAGAAACCUUGUUUUGAAAUACAAAAAUGAAUAAAUAAAAUAUACUGUUCUGUUUUCAAUUGUAAUAUGUGAAUAACUCUUUAAUGUAAAGCACUACAUGCUAAGGUUAUUAGAUUCCAUGAAAUUACUCUAAUGGGUUACUCUAAUGGGUUCAUGUGCAUGCAGGUAGAAUGUGGCUGUUGUGUACCCCAGGGGAGAAGUCAGUUGGAAUGAGAAUGGCUUGCAUAUGUGAACGUUUACAGUUUAACUCAUGUUUGAACUGUUUUCUCUGAGCUGUUAAAUGAGUAACUUGCCAUUUCCCAGGAAGGCCCUGUUUGUGGCUGCAUGGUUCAGCAUAACACAAAGAACAUACAUAUACAUGUACCAGUCCUCCUUAGAGUCAGGCAAACCUAGGUCAGACCUGGUUCUGCCCCGAUGCUGUUACCCUGGGACAACUUGGGGCAUUUUUCAAAUGCACAUCUCAGAUGGUCAAGCAGAGUUGUUAUUGGGUUUCCUUUGGAACUGUGUAGAUCUAUACAUGCAUUUGUGAAGGGAUGACUUUGAAGGAAAUAGAUUAUGAGGGAAAAAUCAGCUUUGUCAGUUUUAAAUGAAUUUGUGUUAUCUUUACAUUACUUUUGUUUUUAAAUUAGCAGUAAUACCUUGUCCAGUUAAUCAAAUUGAUGUUAUAUAGCCUGUUCAUAACAAUUAUGAGCUUAAAAGUAUGAAACACAAUAAAACAGAUUCUACCCCCACCUCUUUUCUCUCUUUCUCUCUCUCUCUCUCU